AUGCACAUUAAAAAACGAAAAAAUUAUUUAUCAAGAAGCCUUCUAAUUUAUUUAUUUAAGAUGUCAAAUAUCGAUGAAGAAAACAAAGUCCCUCAUUUUCGCAAAGUUUAUGAGCAAAAGAAAUCAGACCGCGAAGUCCAGUUACAAACAGAUCAAUAUCCUCAAGACAGCUUCGAGUUAGGCCCUAUGUCUUUUGAUGAAGAAGUCAAAGCUCCUAUAGGAAUGAUCAUUAUGCUAAUUACAAGUUUUUUAUUAUCUUUUGUCCUUAUUAUUAUAGGUGCGAUACUUUAUGAGCAAAAGCAUGAUACGAAAAAUGCAGUUGGAAUAUGAGUUUUGGCCUUUUUAGUAAUGAUUCCGGGGCUAUUUUCAAUUUACAAAAUAAUUGUGAUUCUUGCACCGAAAACCCCGCAGGAUAGAGUGAACAUUUUACAUCCUUAA